AAAAACAACUUCCUUUAAGUUGUUUGUUUUGGUUUUCAACAAAUAAAUUCAAUAUGGAAUCUACACAGUCUACCACUUACGAACCGUUAGAAGGUCGUGGUUCCGGUAUACGUCACGAACCCAUGGAUAGUCCCGAGAAUGAUAUACGUGCUCCCACAGAUCAAAAACAUAAGGUUUAUUUGGCCAUGUUGGCAGCAGGCAUUGGUUUUGUUUUGCCCUACAAUAGUUUUAUAAUCGCCUCAGACUAUUGGCAGUCACGUUUUCCUGGACGCUCUGUGGCUUUGGACAUGUCAAUGACGUAUAUAAUAGUGGCCUUUGCUACCGUACUAUUGAACAAUGUUUUCCUUUCGUUGGCUCCAUUUCGGGUGCGUGUGAUGUUCGGUUAUAUUGUAUCCUUUACAACACUUGUCUUUGUGGCUGUGUGUGAGGUUGCCUGGCAUAUGUUUGCUGCCAAUACGGAGUAUUCAGUAAAUUUGGCAGCCGUAUCAUUGGUGGCUAUCGGUUGUACAGUACAACAAUCAAGUUUUUAUGGAUUUGCUAGCAUGUUUCCUAAACGUUAUACACAGGCUGUUAUGACUGGCGAAAGUUUGGCCGGAUUUCUGGUGUCUUCCAAUCGUGUCGGUACUAAACUAUUGAUACAAAACGAUCGUGUAUCGACGGUGAUUUUCUUUUUUACUUCAACACUUUACAUAUUGUUUAGUUAUUUGUUGCAUAUGGCCACUAUUAAUUCGCCAUUUGUACGGUAUCAUAUGAAGGCAUGUGCCAAAAUUGUUUUGCGUCCGGACGAAGAUCGUUUGAACGCCCUGGAUGGUUCAACACCCACAGCCAAAUAUGGAGUUUUAACACUGGAACCCAGUAGUCCUACAGUACCCAUAGCCACAAGCACCACACCAGCAGCUUUAAGCUUCAGUAAUCCCGUUUAUGAACUUUCCAAUCCGUCAGCCGGUGAAAGUGUUAUAGAGGGUCUUAAUAAUUUACCCGAUAUACCGGGUACUCCACAAGAACCUACCACGCCCACAACAGUAGCAUUCAAAGUAGAACAUGUUUUGACCCCGGGAACCUGUACACCUGGUAAAUUAAGUGAUUUAAAAACUGGUUUUGCUUCAAGAUGGCAAGUUGCACAAUCUAUUUAUCCCUAUAUGGUGUGUAUAGCAUUGGCCUAUUGUGUCACCCUUUCGCUGUAUCCUGGCAUAGAAUCGGAAAUAGUAUCUUGCAGUUUGGGUACAUGGAUGCCGGUUUUAUUAAUGUUUACAUUUAAUACCUCGGAUUUAAUAGGAAAAACUUUGGCUAUUGUACCAUAUCCUUGGUCACGUAGACAAUUGAUUUUAAUGUCGGGUUUAAGGAUAGUUUUGGUGCCUCUUUUACUGCUAUGCUGUGCACCCAGACAUCAGCCGGUUAUAUCGGGAGAAACGGCUGCUUUUAUUUUCACCAUAGCAUUGGGUGUUAGUAAUGGUUUGGCGGGUAGUUUACCCAUGAUGUUGGCACCAGCUAAAGUUAAUGCUACUUUAAGAGAGGUAACUGGUAAUAUGAUGACUCUCUCCUAUAAUGUGGGUCUUACCGUGGGUUCAUUUAUCGGUUAUGUUUUCGAAUCUAUGCUGGGGGCUCAAGUUACAAAUCCAUGUCCCAAGUAUCCCUAUAUAAUGGAUCAUCAUCCACACUAUCAAUACACUUCGACAAGUGCAACUAUAUUAAAUAAUACGGCAACCAUAGCCGCAGCUAUAUUGACUUCCACCCUAGCCACGCCUACAACAAGUACUGAAGCAACAACUGUUUUAACAACUAUGAACUCAACAACAUCGUUGUCACCAAUUGGUUCUAUAACCACAACUACAAUGGCUCCACCGCCAUCGGUAACAUCAACGGCCACUUUAGCCGUGGUGUCAACGGUUGCAGCCACAAUUGCCACUAUACCGGAAGUAGUGAAUACCGUGGUCAAUACUGUGGUAACAACGAUCAGUGAUUUAAGUUCGGAGUUAAUAAAUGGUGGCACAAGUACUGGUGAUCCUCAAACACCCAUGGAAUUAAUUGAAAAAAUUUAAACUAAUUAAGUUCACAGACAUAGUGAGCAUGUGUGAUAGUUAGUUAGAGAGUCAGAGACAAUGAGCGAAAAAGAGAGAUAGGAAAAGGUAUAGAAAGUGAAAAACAAAAUUAUUUUAUAAAAUUAUUUGUAAAAUGUCUGAGUCCAUGUUUUACUAAGUGCACGUUAAAGUGGUGGUGAGUUAAACAUGUACUAAACGUAUGUAUGUAAGUUUAAGUUUCCUCCAGAAUGUCUAAGGUCUUUUAAACAAAUCCAUACAUAUAGAAGAAGAAGUUAAAGAAAAAGUUGAUGCAUAUAUAAAAAUACCUUGGAUAUAUUUUGUAUUUUUUGGGUAUAAGUUUAGGGAUAAAAGUAAAAGUAAAACUGUAUGUGCAAGAUUAUUUAACAAAAUAUAAUGAAAAUUAUAGUUUUAAAUGAAUAAACAAAGAUAUUUUUUUAAAUAUUAAGAUUUUAGUAAAAAUUGCCCCCUCCUUAUACUCGAGAUAAAACUAUUUUGAAUCCCUGAAAAUUUUAAAUUGAAUAAGUAAUCAGUAGUAACAAUGUGAUCUUACAUACUACAUCCAAAACAUCCCAUUUAAGCUUUGAGAAUAGUUCAAAGUCAAUUUAUUUAAUAAUAAAGAAGAAUGUGAAGUAUUUGUGUUUAUAAAAUUUGCAUUGACUUGACUCGAGUGAGUCAAUAUUUUUAAUGGCCAAGGAUUUUAAGAAGAAUAAUUGUAAAUAGUUGCCUAAUACUAAAUCAAACAUUUUAAAGUCAUGAUAUUAUGUUUUUUUUUUUUUAGUUUUUAAUCAUAAGUAUUUGAUGUUAUAUUUAGUAGAAUUCUUUUAAAAUUAUUAAGUUCUGAAAAGAUAAUUUGUUGAUUUCAGUUUAGUCUAGCAUAUAAGAGAAAUCUCUUAAUAGAUGCAUUUAUUGAACCAUUACUCUGUACUUUUUUUCACUAGUUGUUUUGUGGUUUUAAGAAAUUUGGUCUAUAGACUUUAAAGCUAUAUGCUGGUCAAUAUGCUGGUCUAUAAGCUAAUCAAAAUACUGGUCUAUAAACUAGUCAAAAUAUUGAUCUAUAGACUAACCAAUAGACUGGCAUAAAUAGACUAUGAACUAAUCAAUAAAGGGAUCUUUAGACUAGUUUGAUCUAUACACUAUAUAAUACACUGAUUUCUAGACUGAUCUAUAGAAUAGUUAAUAGACUGAUCAUUCAGUAGAUUGGUCAUUAGACUGGUCUAUAGACUUUUCAGUAGACUCCUCUAUAGACUAGUCAAUGGGCUAGUCUAUAAACUAGUCCAAAUAUUGGUGUAUAGACUAACCAAUAGACUGAUAUACAUAUAUAGUCUACGACCUAAUCAAUAGACUGAUCUAUGGACCAGUCAAUAGAUUAAACUAUACACUAGUCAAUAGAUUGAUCAGUCAGUAGACUGGUUUAUAGAUUGGUCAACAGGCUGGUCUAUAAACAAAUCAAAAUACUGGUCUAUUUACUACUCCAAAUAUUGAUCUAUAGACUAACCAAUAGACUGUUAUAUAUGAUCUAUGAACUAAUCAAUAUACUGAUCUAUAGACAAGACAAUAAACUGAUCUAUAGAUUAGUCAAUAGACUGAUCUAUAAACUAGUCAAUAGACUGAUCUAUAGACUAGUCAAUGGACUGAUCUAUCGACUAGUCAAUUGACUUAUCUAUAGACCAGUCUGAUCUAUAACUAAGUCAAUAGACUGAUCUAUAGACUAAUCUCAAAUCGAAAUAUUAGAUAGACUAAGCUAUAGAUUAGACAUAGACUAAGCUAUAGAUUAGACUGAUCAAUAGAUUAGUCAAUAUAGAUUGAUUUAUAGACUAGUCAAUAGACUGAUCUAUAGACUAGUCAAUAGACUGAUCUCUAGACUAGUCAAUAAACUGAUCUUUAGACAAGACAAUAGACUGAUCUAUAGACUAGUCAGUAAUCCAAAUAUUGGUCCAUAGACUAUCUAUAGACCAGUCAAUAAAUUGAUUUAUAGACUAGCCAAUAAAAUCAUCUCUAGACUGAUCUAUAGACUUGUAAAUGGACUGAUCUAUAGACUACUUAAUAGACUGGUCAAUAAACUGAUAUCUAGACUGAUCUAUAGACUAGUCAAUAGACUGAUCUAUAGACAAGUCAAUAGACUGAUGUAAAGACUUGUCUAUAGACUAAACUAUAGAUUUGUCAUAGAAUGAUCUCUAGACUAGUCAAUAAACUGAUCUUAAAUGUCAAGAGACUGAUAUAUUGAUUAGUCAAUAGGCUGGUCUAUAAACUAAUCAAAAUAUUGAUCUAUAGACUAACAAAUAGACCGGUAUAUAAACGUAAAUAGACAGAUCUAUAGACCAGUCAAUAGACUGAUCAAUAGACUAGUCAAUAGACUGGUCUAUAUAUUUGUAAAUAAACUGAUCUAUAAAUAAGCCAAUAGACUAAUCAAAAUAUUGGUCCAUAGACUAAUCUAUAGAUUGGACUGAUCUAUGGACUAGUAAAUAGAUUGAUUUUAUAGACUACUUAAUAGAAUGAUCUCUAGACUGAUCUAUAGACUUGUCAAUAGACUGAUCUAUAGGCUAGUCAAUAGAUUAAUCUCUAGACUAUUCAACAUCCGAUCUAUAGACUAGUCAAUAGACUGAUUUAUGGACUAGACAAUAUACUGAUCUUUAGACUAGUCAAUAGACUGAUCUAUAAAUAAGCCAAUUGACUGUUCCAUAGACUUGUCACUAAUCAAAAUAUUGGUCAAUUGACUAAUUUAUAGAUUAGACUGAUCUAUAGACUAGUCAAUAGAUUGAUUUAUAGACUAGUCAAUAGAAUGAUCUCGAGACUAAUCUAUAGACUUGUCAGUAGACUGAUCUAUAAUCUACUCAGUAGACUAAUCUAUAGUCUUGUCAGUAGACUGAUCUAUAAUCUACUCAAUAGACUAAUCUAUAGAUUGAUCAAUAAACUGAUCUAUAAAUCAGUCAAUAGAUUAAUCUCUAGACUAGUCAAUAGACUGAUCUUUACACUAGUCAAUAGACUGAUAUAUAGACUAGUCAAAAGACUGAUCUAUAAUAGACAGAUCUAUAGACUAUAGAUCCAUAGACUAAUCUAUAGAUUAGUAAACCUAUAAUUUACUGAAAUAUUUUUAUGCAUCUGAAUAUUAAGAAAAUUUUGUACUAUAUCAAAAAUUCUGUAGUCCAUCUCUGAUUCGUGUUGUUAACAGAGAGUCAAACAUAUUUAUAUCUGUGUCAAAAAUUCCCCACAAUACUCGACGGUUAGGUCAACUUUGCCUAUUUUCAAUUCAAACACUUCAGAACGACUGAUAAUUAUAAUAUUUUGGAAUAUAUGAAUUCCUUCGUUUCUUUCUUUUCUUCCUGGUUCACUCGUUGUAACAGCAGUACAAUAUUAAGAAAUGGUUCAAUUUUUAAUAGUUGAAAUAUUAAGCCUAAGGUAUUCAUAUUGAUUUUUUUUAAUUUUAUUAUCAUUUCAUUUUAAACUGAAUCCACAUAUCAGUUUAUUUGUCAUACACUAACCUACGUAAAUCAUUCAAAAUUCUCAGAAUCACUUUAAGUUUUUGCAACAGUCACUAUAAAUUAAUACUCUUAAACUCAGUUCUACUUUAAAGUAAAACAUUAUUGAGAUACAACAAGAAUAAAAGAAAAAUAAAAUAUUUGUACUGGUAUUCAAAAUAGCAAUACUAAUAAUCGAAAAAAGAAAAAAAAAUAAAAUAAAAAGAAAUGUAAAGAUCAUUGCAAAGUUAAAAAAACAAUAAAAAUCAAAUUUAAAGAUUUAACCCACAGAUUAAUAAGAUUUUAUAAAAAUUUACAUAGCCUACAACUAGGCUAUUGGUAGGCCUUUAAAUAGGCAACACUUUUUAUACAAUCUGAUGGAUCUGUUUCAAAAAAAAUCUUUAAAAUCACAUUAUAUUUAAAUAUCAAUUAAGAAUAAAUAAGUUUUUGUAAGCAUUAAUGAAAUAUCUAUAAAUAUUUAUAGAAAUAUUACAAAAAAACAGGAAUAUGGGUGGUCAUUUUUAAACCAGUAAGAACAGACACAAAUUUUGUAAUGAUUAAAAAACAUUAUAAUUUUAUGCCAAUUUCUAUUUUUUUAAGCCUUAAAACUUAUAAAACUCAGUCCAAACUAAAGCUGUUGUAAAUAACCAAAUGUAAUUUGAAAGCAAACAAAUUUUAUUACUAUUUUUUUCAAAAAGCAUUAAAAACUAUUUUUAAAAAAAUUUUAGAUACAAAUUUUAGUUUAGAAAUUUUAAUUUUGAAAUUAAAAAAAAUAAUGAUAUAAUCCCCCUUAAAAAAAAGAAGAAAAUUAAUUGUUGAUUGCCAUUGUACUUAUAUUAUUAUAAAUUAUAUGUUGUAAUUGUGAUUUGAUAUCUAAGUUAAUUUUGUUUAGACAAACAAGCAGAUAUUUGUAAUGAAAAUUAUUAUUUAACAUUAAAAGACAACAAAAGAAAAAAAA